AUGUAUAUAGCAGUGGGAUUGGUGUUGUUAUGUUUCGUGGUGCUAGCUGUGUGGUCGACAUGGUUCAGGCAGAAACCUGAUGCACCUCCUUUGAUGCCAGGCUCGCUCCCGAUUAUAGGACAUUCACAUCUCAUAAUCGGAGACCGAAAACGUAAUCAUUUUAAAUACACCGCAAAUAUUAGAAAUAUAUUUUUUUGUUAUAUUUAUUUAUAUUGUACUAUUUCAGUUAUCACGGAUCCAGAGGAUUGUCUUACUCUAGUCAACGCAUGCUAUAGUAAACCUUACAUCUAUGGUUUUGCAAAGGAAUUUUUAAAUAAUGGCCUGAUUACCGCGGAUGUUUCUGUUUGGAAAAAUCAUCGUAAAUUAUUAAAUCCUGCAUUCAACCAGCAAGUGUUGAAUACCUUCAUCGAUGAAAUGAAUGUGCAGUCUCGAAAUCUCGUUGCAAAUUUGAAGAGUGAAGUUGGACAAGAACCUUUUGAUGUUCGACACUAUUUAAUUACGUUUACGCUAUCAACUAUUAGCCGAACUUCAUUAGGUCUAACAGCUCAAGAACAAACGCAAAUAGACAGAGACUAUGCGGUGGCUAUUGAAAAUUUGUUGGCUCUGUACUGUGAUAGGUUCCAAAAAGUAUGGCUGCAUAUUGGUUGUAUAUUCGACUGGAGUGCAUUGAAACGAAAACAAGAUAAAUUAACGACAACACUGAAGAAUAUUAUGAAUCCUAUUAUACUAAAAAGAAAAUCAGAGAUGAAGACUAAAAUAGAAACUACGCAUUAUGACGAUACACCCGGAAAAUUCAAACCAGUUCUAGAUCAGAUGCUUCAAAUGUCCCAUGAGCAAGAUGUAUUCACAGUUGAUGACAUCAGAGAACAUUUAGAUACAUUGGUAGCAGCAUCAUAUGAUACAACAUCGUCAGCUUUAAGCUUCAUACUAUUGGUGAUUGCAACUUAUCCAGAAGUACAGAACCGAAUAUAUAAUGAGAUACAAGAAGUAUUGCAAAACAAAGACGACGAUUUUUCAAAACACGACCUACAAAAACUCGUAUACUUAGAAGCAGUUAUGAAAGAAACAAUGAGACUAUACCCCGCUGUUCCAAUUGUGGCCAGGCAAAUUGACGUGGAUGUUAAAUUGAAAAACUGUACAGUACGCGCCAACACCACUGGUAUAAUUGGUGUGCACUCUCUUCACCGUCACCCGCUCUGGGGUCCCGAUGCUAAUGAAUUCAAACCAGAGCGCUGGUUGGAUCCCAGCCGCUUGCCUGAUAAUCCCGUCCUCUUUGCUGCCUUCGGUAUUGGCAAACGAAACUGCAUAGGAAAAUUGUUCGGGAUGCUGAUGAUGAAAACCGCAUUAGCACACAUAGUACGACAAUAUCACAUUUCUGGGAGCAUCCAUAAUGUAGAAUGUGAAUUCGAUGUAGUUUUGAAACCUGUAACAAAUCAACAUAUCCAAUUAAAAUUAAGGUCAUAG